GCUGAAUUUGAUGACAUCUCGAUCAUCAAAUUGGCUGCUCUCCCAGAAGUACUGCCGGCGUCCCCGACGACGGAAGAAGUCGCCGUCGCUGAUCCAGAGCGCCUUCCCCAACCGCCAACCGGCCGAAGCAGCCGACUCGAAGCGCCGCGACCUGAUGAUACCCUCCUCGCCGCCGCCGACCGCAAGCCCCGGAGCUCCUCCCACCUGUUCGGAUACCACCACCUCUGAUGCCGGAUCAGGAUCUGAUACCCAGAGCGACCAACAAGUUGGUCCAGGGAAUAUCAUAUCUGAAAGCGUCGUCUCCCUCGUUUCCUACUUGGGAACCUUGAUCCUAUCCGAAUGCACAGGCAUACUCAACGAGGACCUGUACGAUGAUUUCACCACCAUUCUGACUUCAGCCAGCAGCUUCGUCAGAUCGAUUGGUGAUGUCGUCGAAGACGUGGUGAUCAAACUGCGGCUUCCCGACAAGGAGAUCGCCAGAGGCACGCUACACUACCACGAGCCCGAGCAUGAUAUUGCCGUCGUCGUCGUGACCCGUGCCCUCCGUUUCCAGCGGGCGCAUCUCAAGUCCACCCCCUGCAUCUACUGCAUGGAGGUCGAGCCCGAUCUCGAGGUGGUAGCCGUUGGGCGUCGCUUCGAGUCUGGAUCAGGAUGGCGAGAUGACUGCGUCCCGACCGAAGAAUCUUGAGUUCUUGGAGCGUGCUGUUCACUAGGCCUGCUGUUCCUCCUGAGCCUCUCUAUUACGACAUGCUAAUAAACCACGACAUGGAGCUCGUCCAUGGCGGAGAUUACUCUUGUCGUAAGGAUAGACGGGCCAGAACUUGAAUUAGACUGAUUUGUUGGAAGCUUA